UCGGGUUUAAACCCGUUACACUGUUCAUCGGGUCGGGUUGGUUUUGUGUUUAGAGAUACCCGACCCAUGGAUACCCGUCCACACUUAUUCUGUCGCCCUACUCUCCCAAAACCCUAACCUAAUUCUAAAUUCCACAAAGAAGUGGGAGGGAUAAAUUAAUAAUUGAAGCUGAACACACCAUGUUCGUUGGUUUGCUCCUCUCUCACAAACAAAAAAAGGAAUGAACGAAAAACAAAGAAUUGGGUGUUGAAUUUUCUAGAAGUUGAACACACCAUGCUUGAAUUUUCUAGACCGGUGUUUUAUGUAUGGAUAAUUUGUAUGGGAAAAUUGAUGUUUGACUUUUAUUUUGACAGAAACUUGUUAUUAUAAAUUUGUUACCACAAAAACUCAUGGGUACCCACGAACUCGAGGAUACCCAACAAUUUGGGUUGGGUUGGAGUUUUCCAAACCCAGUGGGUUUUACCCUGAAUUUUUAUAAGGAUAAACCCAUGAAUUUGAGUUUGGAGUUGGUAAAAACCCGACCCAUUGCCACCCUACUAAUAAAAAAGGGCUAAAUUGCAAGUUUGGUCACUGGAAUUACUAAAUACUUUCAUAUUUGCCACUAAAAUUAGUUUAUUUUAUUUAUGGCCGCUUAGAUUAGUUCAACAGUUCAAGUUGGGUCACUCUCCGUUAGUCUCCGUUAAUUUUAUUUGACGUGACAGUCAAUUUUAUGAGUUUACCGUUAUAUAAAUGACGUGACAAUUAAAAAAUAAAAAUUAUAUUUUUUUAGUUUCCACCUCAGUUUAAUAAUAAAUUAAAAUACAAAUGAAUUAUAAUUACCAAAAUCAAUAUUCCAAAUAAUAGCGACGAAAGAGAGAGGUGAGUCCUCCGCUGCCACCGCCGACGUCGUCUGCGACCUCAAUUCUCUGUCUCUCUUAAACCUGCCAUGUUUUCCGUUCUCCAAACCUCAAUCCGAUCCCGACCUACCUCCCAUCAACAUCUACUCCGCUCAUUGUCUAAGCCGCCCCGGGUGAGAGCGGUACAUAGGAAUUAAGGUUUGGAAUUACCUCUUCCCAUCUUCGCCGUCGUGGGAAGCUCCUCAAUCGGAACCACCAAAGACGCCGGCGGAAUCGCGGGCUCACUAAAGUUAAAUCCCCAACCCAAUUAACCAACCCUUGAACCUUCAUCUCCAAUCGCCAUGUGUGUUUCAACUCCAAAACAGGGGGAAAAGGGAAGAAAAAGAAACAAAGGCCGACUAAUGUUUGUCCAAAUUUCACCUUCUUUCUCCCGUUGUUUUCUUCCAUCCUAUGAUCAUCCCAACAACACAAAAACGAUUUCGUUCAUCCUCAAUAAAAACCUAACCCCACUCCCCCCAUCCCACCCCCACAGCUAAAAAAGAUUUUCACCAUGGCGGCCAACACUUUGUUUCUCCACUCACUAGUAUUGCUUUGUUCUCCAUUCCUUCACAUUCACACUUCGCUCUCCCUUCCCACCACAACAGACAUCCAAUUCCUCCUAUCUUCAUGCUUACUCCAAAAUCAAAUCCACAAUUUCACCACAUUCCCGUCGUCCACCACCGAGGACCCGACAACCACAACUUCUUUCUACAACCUUCUCGACUACUCGAUCCAAAACCUCCGCUUUCAGGGCCCCGCCAUCCCGAAACCACUGGCUGUCAUGCUUUCAUCGACGACGGAGCAGUUGGUCGCAGCUGUGACAUGCUGCGGAGGGAAGGCGGAGGUUAGAGCGAGGUGCGGUGGACACAGCUACGAGGGGGCUUCAUCGGCGUGGUACGGCAGGGAGUUUGUGAUCGUGGAUUUGAUGAGGUUGAAUGCGGUUUCGGUGGAUUCGGGGAGCGAGAUGACGUGAGUUGAAGGUGGAGCCAUGCUUGGGGAGACUUAUGCGGUGGUUGCGGAAGGGAGCGAUGGCCGGAGCCUAAUUUGGCGGCGAAGUGUUUGAGAGAUAGCUCGAGGGAGGGGUGUGAAUUGUAUUGGUGGGAGGGUUUGGGUGAGAACACGUCAUAGGCGGAGCGGGUGGGAAAUGGUAAAUAUCUUUUUAUUUUAGCUUAUUUCAAUAUAUAUAUGAUGUGGAAAUUAAAAAAAAAUAUUUUUAUUAUUUUUUUAAUUGUCACAUCACUUUUUUGACGGUCAACUCUCAAUGUUGACCGCCACAUCAGAUAAAGUUAACGGAGACUAACAAAGAGUGACCAAAGUUGAACUGUUGAACUAAUCUAAGUAACCAUAAACUAGAGUGGCCCCGGCCAGUUGGCCGGAGGAAGGUGAGAUAUGAAAUUUGAGAAUGUAAUGGGGUGUAUGUAUAGCUUAUUGUUUUGUAGUUUUUUUAAACACAUGAUAAAAAUAGUGAAUUUUAGCAGGAAAGAGGCAUGGAUGAUGCAACGAAUAACAAAAUCAGCUUUAUGAACCAAGUUCGAGUACCUGUUACCUUGUGAAACAAUAUUAUUUCUGGUAAUAUGAUGAGGUGGUGUAAAUUUUAUAGAAAUCGAAUUCUAGAAAACCGAAUAAAAAAUCCCCUAUAAAAUACACUAUAAUUUAAUCAUUAGGAUAUCAAAUAAUUACAUAAUAUAUAUUUGAAAUUAUAAAAAUUAUACUAAUCAGGUUGGUCGAGGUCGAACCAUUUAAUAACUUUAAAAUACAUUAUAUUUUAGCCACCAAGAUAUAAAAUAAUAGAAUAAUAUAUGUUAUGCUAGAGAAAAUAGCAUGUUUUAGGAUGGCAAACCCAUUAUAUUAAUUUGUUUUACUUGAAACUUGAUGGUCAAAUCUCAUAUGAGUCAGACCCAUUCAACUCUUUUAUUUUAUGAUUAGCGGUUAGCCCAUUAGAAUUCAUGCAUUAGUUUAUUGUUAAAUUUUUUCAUUUUAGCAAUAAAAAUGAGUAUUGUUUGCCCUUUCAUAUAUAUCUUACCAACACUGAGAAAUCAAAGGGCUUAAUGAAAACCCUAUAUCCCCUAGAAAAAGCUGCUCAGUGCUCACCGGCUCAUGGUUCACUUCUCUCUCUCUCUCGAUCUCAAUUAUAUCGCCGCCGGUAGCCACUUCUCCCCAUCCCUGUUUUCUUGUCCUUAAUUUUAGCUUUGCAAACCUUUUUCCUGCAUGUCAUCCUCCCCCCGAACCUCAAUUUCCACCCCCUCUCGGUCUCUAUUUUUCAUUUCUUAAUCUUCCAUUAUCUUAUCACUUGUUUAAACCCCCUCUCUUAUCACUUGUUUAAACCCCCCUCCCCCUCUUUGUAUAUCUUCGACGCUAGUUUAACGAAGAAGAAGAGAAAGCCACCAAUCUUCAAUAAUACUGUCUUGUUACAGUGAAGCAAUAUUGUGGAUUUCUUUGUCACUUAUCUGUUAGAGUUUGCAAAUGAUAGAAAGGGGUGGUUGAUUAUAAUUUGAUUAGAUGACUCAAUCUUUAAAUUUUACUUGCAUGCAAUUUAUCAUCCUUCUUUAUGAGCAUGACUCGAUCUUUUUAGUAUGCUUGGAUUUCUUCUCAUAGGGAAGGGAUUAGGCGAUUAGCACACGGAAGAAGGAUUGGGGAAAUUAUUUUGUAAACAAUUAUGAAGCUCUCUUUCUCUAAUUAUCUCAUUUAUUCCCGGCGUCGGUGGAGUCCAGAUCCAGCAUCAAAACAAUCCAAGACUCGGUUACGGUGAUCGCUAUAGAGGCAUGAAACAGAUGCGGCCGUGGCUGGAACCUAUUAUGUUUUGUGGGCCGCAACAAUCCCUUGGCCCGUUCAAGUCCGCACGUGUACGGUAAGUUGGCUCGUUCCACAGAGGAAAGAGAAAAAAAUUGACACUCCCUAUUAUACUCUUCCUACAAACGCUCAUGGAGCAGAAAAUUUGAAAUGGGGGAAGGAUUUUUUCCUUCAUGCUAUUAUAUUAUGUGUAGAUUGUAUUAAUUAGAAUCCCACUUUUAAAUCUGGAAGCAAGUAACUCUAUGUUUUAUAUGUUGAAGAUCAACAUUAUAGCUUGAAUAGUUCAAUUCGGCUAUGAUCUUAGCUCUUACAUAUAAUUUUUGUGUGAAAGUGGUAUGAUUGAAGCUAUUCCCUAUGUUAACACUAACCAGAACAGUCUUUGUUUACUGGAAACUAACCACCAAAACAUUUCAAAUCAGAAAAAUGAUGAUACUGAAAAGGAGUAUCAUAACAAAAAGCAACAAAAAGCAACAAAAAGUAUAGUUAUUUAUCUUUAAUCAACUCAAAAGUCAACCUAGAAUAUCAAACAAAUGAAUAGUUGUUAAGAGAUCAUACAUUACUAUCAAAGAAACUAAAUAACCCAUCAGUCAACUCUCCAAGCAAGAACACUCAACCUUUACAUAUAUAUCCCUUAGAAAAUUGCUUUGUGUAACAAUAUAGGUGGAGGAGGAUAGGCGAUUGUCGAGUCCGAUGGGAAGGUUUGGAGAGACGGUGAUGGUUGAGCCUUUAGUAGGACGGGAGCCCGGGACAUUGUUUAUCUUUAAUACACUCAAAAGUCAACCUAGAAGAUCAACCAAAUGAACUGAUGUUAAGAGAUCACACAUUAUUGUCAAAGAAAGUAAAUAACCCACCAGUCAGCUCUCCAAGCAAGAACACUCAAUCUUUCCAUAUAUACCCCUCCGAAAAUUGCUUUGCUUAACAAUAUAGGUGGAGGAGGUUAGGCGGUUGUCGAGUCCGAUGGGAAGGUUGGAGAGACGACCAUGGUUGAUCGUUCAGUACGUAGGUCGGGACACCAUUUAGACCUAUUUUCAUUUGUUGCGACUUUUCAAUCCACAUUCGACAAACCAAAAUUACUUAACCUUUCCAUAUUUACCCCUCUCUUAAAGACACAUGUGCCACAUAUUCACUCAAAACUUAUAUGUUCAAAAAUAUUGUUAUUUUUUGGUAGUUAUAUUCUUUAAUUCUGAUGUGCAAUAUUUGCACUAAUGACAUUAGGCUUGUGGUUUUAAAAUUAUUCUCCUUUUAUAAGAUAAAGAGAAAUAGAAUUAAUUGUUAAAAUCGAAUUAAAAUAAUCAAAGUAUGAAAAUAGAAGUAUCAAAUACCAAAAAAACAUUUAGGGGAGAGUUAGUGGCUUAGCUAACUGUGAUGUAAAAUUCCAAUGAUUUUUCAGAUUUAAGCUUCCUGUAUGUUUUUAAUUUAAAAAAUUUAAACAAAUUUGUUUAGUGUAACUGGUUAUGUUUCUUGUCUUUUCUCAAAGAGACAAAAUUCAAAUCCCAUCACUUAUGUAUUUUUCCCGUGAAUAAGAAAAUAAUAAAUGACUGUGAAGACGAAUCUACCCUUCCUACUUUUGCUAUGGAUGCAGGGAUUUUGUAAUGGGGGAAGCACAUUUCCCAUUUCACUCUUAUAUUAGGUGUAGCGAAAGUAACCUGGUGGUUGAGUGUUUAGUGGGUCGGAAACUAUUUGGGUCUGUUUACAUUAGUAGCACAUUUCCCAUUUGCGUUGGGCAAACCAACAACACUCAAUCUUUCCAUAUUUACCCCUCCAAAAAUUGCUCUGGCUUAACAAUAGAGGUAGAGGAGUUUAGCCGGUUGUUGAGUCUGAUGAGAAGUUUGGAGAGAUGGCGAUGGUUGAGCAUUUAGUGGGUCGGGACACUAUUUGGACCCGUUUACAUUAGUAGUGUCUUUUCCACAGUGGCGGACCCAGGAUUGUCGGAGAGGUGUGUCGCCGAUAAAAUAAAAUAAUAAUUAAAUAAAAAAUUAAGUAAAAAUUAAAAAAAAUAAUUCAUAAAGUUCACAAUGUCAUGUUUACAACGAAUCGCGAUGACUUUUCAUCUGCUUAAAUGUCUCUAAAAUACAUUAAUCACUUAUAUUGCAAAGAAAAUCUUUUUCAAUAUACACAACUAAACAAUCAUUCAUAAAUUGGUCACUCAACCGAUUUCGAAGAUCAUUCUUGAUUAUCUUCAUAGCUAAAAUGUUCUUUCGCAGCUUGUCGUUGCAACAUGUAAUGAUGGGGAGUUAGUGGCCGCCUGGGCUAUUGGCCAUUAGGCCUGUGGGUUUUUUUUUCUAUUUUAAUUAUAGGCCGAGGCCCAUCACACAUGUAUAUUGUAUGGGCCGAGAGUUUGUUUUUUUAAUAGGAAUUGAUAGAAUUAUGAUUUAUGAGUUAUUUUAAACAAAAUUAAAAAGGAUUAUGAUUAAGAUUGAUUUAUUCGGAUAAUACAUUCUUCGAGUAUAAUGAAGGUGUGUCGGCUAUAAUUAUUGAAGGUGUGUCGGCUAUCUCGAAAUAAAAAAAUUUGUACAAAAAAUAUAUAGGUCCUUCACAAAAUUCUCGAGCGAGGGUGUGUUCCGACACACCCUCCCUUGCCUUAGGUCCGCCACUGCUUUUCCAUCCGCGUUUGGCAAACCAACAUCACUCAACCUUUCCAUAUUUACCCCUCUCUUAAAGACACAUGUGCCCCAUAUUCACUCAAAAGUUUUGUGCUUAAAAAUAUCGUUACUUAUGAUAGUUAUAACAAUUAAGUCUAUGUUAAGAAUUCUAUAUCGCUUCUACACAUUUAAGAGUGUGAUUCGAUAUAUGCAAUAUUUGAAUCAAUGACAUUUCGGUUGCUAACCGUGGUGAAAAAGUCUUAUAUUUUUCAGAUUUAAGCUUCUGUAUGUUUUUAUUUGAAAAAUAUCACACAAAUGUGUUUAUUGUAACUGGUUAUGUUUCUUAUCUUUGUUCGAAGAGACCACGGUUCAAAUCUCAUUACUGGUUAUUGUGAAGACGAAUCUACCCUUCCUACUUUCACUCUGGAUGCAGAAAAUUUGAAAUGGGGCUUCAAGUUUUCUCACUAAAAAAAAUAAAAAAACGAUGUAUUGUAAACAAUAUAUGCAUAAUGACAAUCUCAACAAAACAACCACAACUUCCAAAUGACCCCUUAGCCAACAAAAAAGGAAACCAGUUUGGUGACUCAUGCAACUAGGGGUGAACAAACACACCCGCAAACCGACCCACCCGUCCAACCCAACCCACCCGUAUUUAUCGCUAAAACGAAGGUUUUGGGUUGGGUGAGGAUUUUCUUUUGUACAACCCGUCUCUUUUGGGUUGGGUUUGGAUUUUGGAUUACACAACCCGUAGAACCCGACCCAACCCAUGUUCCAAUUAUUAGUAUGAGUUUGUAUCCAAAAAAAUAUUUAUGUCGUAUAUAGCCAUACUUAUGAGAAAAUUAAGAUAUUUCGCCAUGUUUUUCUCUUAAGGUCCCCUAAUCUAAUGCAUUCUUCGGUUUAAAGUUUAGACAUAAAUUUAAUAUAGCUAUAUUCACAUAAUUCUUUUUCUUGUGUACAAUUUUAAUAGAAUAACAUAUUAUGGAUGCGUUCAUUUGUAACCUUUUUAGCCUAUUUCUACAAAUGUUGUGAAAAAAACUAGACAUAAGUUGAAGUAAAUCACAUUUUAUUAA